AAUUUUCAAAAAUUUGAAAAAACGUUUCGAAAAUUUUUUGAAAACUUUAAAAACAUUAAAAAUAAAACUGUUAAUAUUUUGUUAAAAAACUUGGAAAAAAAUUUCACAAAUUCAAUAAUUGACUUCACGUGCGAGCAGCACUUGACGCGUCCUCCACAAAAAAAAUCAACUCAACAAAACUAAAAAAAAAGCUAUUAAAAAGCAAGCUGUCGCUAAUUGCAUAUUUUACAAAUUCUUGCUAAUUAAAUUAUUCAACGAAAAAAGCACACUCCCGCACACGAACACGCGCACAGAAGCUCAAACACACACACGCUUGAAGCGCAUCGCUCAAAAUCGGAGAUGCAAAAAUGUGUGCCAGUGUCAUAAAUCAAAUUAACACCGACUGCGUUAGCAGUAGCCGCCACAACAAUCACAACAACAAAAGCCAAACAAUCAUCAACACAAGCAACUGUGACGUCAUGUGUAGUAAUAACAACAACACAGACAAUUGCCGUCGACGCUGUGAGUUCACUGCCACAAAACGCGUCGCUGCACGCCAAUCCACAAUGACGUUGACGUCGUCAACGCUGCCACUACUGUUGCUAAUCAGCACCGCAUUGUUGUUGUUGUUGUGCCCGCUGAAACCGGCUAAUGCAGCUGCCACGGCGAGCGCUGUGGCCAGCAAUAAAAGUGCACGCGAAAUAAUCGGCAACGGCGGUAUUGAAGAAAAAUCACCGAAUCCAAAAGCGGCUGCAACAACUACAACUACAACAACAGCACAAACAGCGCCCUCAGUCUGCUCUGUACUCAUCGACGACAAACCGGAGACGCGUGAAAUUGGCGCCGUUUGGGUUUCCGCGCAUGACGCUUGCGAUAUACACGCCUGCGAACAGGAUGAGAACGGUGCGCCGCGUGAGACCGUGACGAAAGUGGAUUGUGGACAAUUCUAUUGUGAUGUGGAUUCAGAAUUACGCCCACAACCGGGCAGCUGUUGCGGUGAAUGCGUGCGCACCAAGUGUCGCUUCAACGACACGGUCUACGAUUUGGGUCAAACGUGGCACAGUCCGGAUGGUUGUACCAUGUACGAAUGCGCACCUCUACCCGACCGCAACGUCGUCACACCAAUGGUUAAUGUUUUCGAGAAGACUUGUGCGCCACUGCCGCACGAUUGUGCACGUGAGCAGGUGUACGUGAAGGACUGCUGUCCGCUGUGUCGUGGCAAAGAAGCCGCUCUACCACGUGCGCCAGAAAUGCGUGAGCAGAACGGUGAUAUUUGGACGGAAGAGUUCUAUCGCAAUCAUCCAUGUGCACGUGAAUGUCAGCCGAAUGCCGCACCGAUGACAUGUCGUUACACUUUUGUUGUGGAAUGGUAUGAGACUAUGUCGAAGGCUUGCUAUGCUUGUCCACAAAAUGGCACAGACUGUGAGCGACCGCACUGUGUGCUAGGUGAUGGCAUCGAACGCAGCGUAAUGGUGGUGAAUCGCAUGAUGCCGGGUCCAGCGAUUGAGGUGUGCGAAGGUGAUAUGAUUGUGGCUGAUGUCCAUAAUCAUUUAUUGGGUGACAGCACCACCAUACACUGGCAUGGCAUGCAUCAGCGCGACUUUCCCUAUAUGGAUGGUGUACCACACAUCUCACAGUGUCCCAUCUCACCGCAUUCCACAUUCCGUUAUCGUUUCCGCGCCGACAAUGCCGGCACGCACUUCUGGCAUUCGCAUACGGGCAUGCAACGUGGUGAUGGCGUAUUUGGCGCAUUGAUUGUACGGCGUCCGCGCGCCACGGAGGCGCAUGCGCAUCUCUAUGACUUCGAUUUGUCGGAACACAAGAUGAUCUUGCAGGAUUGGGUGCAUACGCCCGGUGUGAGCAUAUUCGCAUCGCAUCAUCAUUCGCGUGGUGACAAUAAACCGGUGAAUUUGUUGGUGAAUGGACGCGGUCGCUUCUACUAUGCCAUCUGGGAUCAGGCUAAGAAGGAAGCGCGCGCGGGAACGGCUGACAAGACAAAGACUCCGAGUGCUAGCAGCGUAACAGCAAAACCCGAACCGACUACAACAACCUCAACAACAAGCACGACGCCAGUCACUUUUGUGCUCAACCAGUCGGAGCUCACGGAUCAAUACGAUUUGACACCAUCUCAAAUUGAGCUUCUACAACCACACAAUGAUACCAGCCGCAACAACAUGCGCUUCAGAGCAACUAAUGAAAUCUCACGUUUAACGCGUGUCGCCGAACAAUCACCACUACAGUCGGACGACAACAGCUCCGAACCACAAGUGGAGUUUGAUCUCACAGCGCAGCCUAGCAACGUGCAACGCACGAAACGCGCUGUGGACGAGAUUCAAUUACAUCAAAUGCCACUACAAACCUUCCACGUGCGUCGCGGUUUCCGUUAUCGUUUCCGCAUUAUCAACGCCGAGUUUCUUAACUGCCCAAUAGCCUUGUCCAUUGACAACCACACACUCUUAGCUAUACACUCGGACGGUUAUGAUUUCGAGCCACUCGAGGUGGGCUCCAUAGUAACGUACGCCGGCGAACGCUUCGACUUCGUGCUGAAUGCGAAUCAACCCAUCGGCAAUUAUUGGAUACGUUUCAAGGGUUUGAUGGAUUGCAGCGAUAAAUUCACAUCCGCUUUUCAAGUUGGCAUACUCCGUUACGAGGGCGCCGGUGAGACGGAGCCAAGCGGUGUGCUGGGUUGGCAACACAAAGCCGAAGGUAUCGAGUUGAAUGCUAUGAAUCGUGGCUCGGGACAUGCGGAUUCCUUGACAGCAGCCGAAAUGACCGCACUACCGAUUUACGACACAAUAUCCGGUAUAGAUCGUGAUGCGCUCAAGCCCGUGGCGGAUUAUAAAUUCUUCGUCUACUAUGACUUUUAUGCCAAGGAUAAUCCCGUCUUCCAUCCUGGUGAUUACUAUGGCUUCAACGACAGCAUGGGUACGACCAACAAGUUAUACACACCACAACUGAAUCACAUCUCCUUGAAGUUCCCACCGAUGGCUUUGAUGGCCGAACGCAAUAAUGUCGAUGAUUCGCUCUUCUGUAAUGACACAAGCUUGGCACAACAGGGUAUCGAUUGUAGAAAAGAGUUCUGUCAUUGUCAUCAUGUGCUGCAAGUGCCGCUGAACUCCGUAGUCGAGUUGAUUGUGGUCGAUGAGGGUUUCACAUUCGAUGCAAAUCAUCCAUUCCAUUUGCAUGGCAAUGCUUUUCGUGUGGUGGGCCUCGAGCGUUUGGGCUCCAAUGUUACCAUAGAAAUGGUGAAACAACUCGAUCGCUACAAUUUACUCAAACGCAAUCUCGAUCGACCACCAGUCAAGGACACCGUAACCGUACCGGACGGCGGUUACACCAUCUUACGUUUCGAGGCUUCCAAUCCCGGCUAUUGGCUCUUCCAUUGUCACAUUGAAUUCCAUGCGGAAAUUGGCAUGGCGCUGAUUAUCAAAGUUGGCGACAACGAUCAAAUGCAAUCGGCGCCCAAGAAUUUCCCUACUUGUCACGAUUAUAUGCCGAAGGAUGGCGAUGAUGAUGUAGCUGAGAACAGCGGUGAUCAUAAUAAUAAUGGCAAUGCAGCACCAAGCGUGCCCAACACUACGCCUGGCAGUGGUGGUGCUGUCGCGCUGAGUACACGUGGUUACAGCUUGCUCUCUGCGCUCUUGGUUUUAUGCGCUCUUCACUGGAGUCGCUUCGCCGCCGCCGUGUGUAACCACUAAGCUUGAAGACAAUAAUUUAGUUUGUUAUUAAUAUAUUUGCCUGAUCAAAGCUGAUCGAGCUUUUAGUUUUUAAGUACAAAGGCUUUCAAGAAUAACUGUGAUUAAUUAGGGUAGUCAAUUUUCGUUAGUGAUUUCGAUAAAAGCCACGAAAUGCUGUUUAUAUAGAUACACAUAAAUAUAUUUAAUAUAUACAUAUAUUUAAAAAGUUGGAUAGUUUUCAUGACAACGAUGGUAACUAUUUUUAUA